CACACAGCCUCCCCUCUCUCCUUCCCCAUGCUGGCGCUCGGCCGCUGCAACCCGCUGACGAAUCCUGCUUGCGGUUCGUAUGGCAGAAGCCACUUCCCCCCCGCUAAUCCGCCAGUGCAUGCAGCCUCCACCUGCUGAGCCAGCAGGAGCCCUGCUCAGCUGGCUCCAGCCAGCAUCAGGUCUCUGAAACCCGCUCCGGCUACAGAGCCUGCGGGGCAGUGGAGCCUCUGCACCCUGGUCCGGCCGCUGCAGGAAACCACGACCCCACUUGGCGCCAGGCAGUGAGGAGGCUGCAGGCAGCAUCAGCUGGCACCAGGAGAGCUGAGCCCUCGAGGUCGGGUCGUGCGAGGAAGCAGAGGGACGGCAGCGCGCUGGAGAUCUGCGUGGCUCCUUGUGAGUGGUGACGUGCCCGGCUGGAUCUCCGUGCCACGGGCAAAGCUCGGGAGGGGAUCACAGCCCCACUCCUCACCUCGUCCCAGCCAGGCUCAGGCCAUCAGCCAACACGAUAACAUGAGAGUCAUCUGGGAGCAGAGGGCUCCGCAAAGGCAACGCAUCCCAUCAAGAUCAAGCAAGGCAGCUUGGCCCUUCAGCAAGGGCUCGUGGUUGCGGGGUGACAAGUGAGUUGUCACCGGCCGUGCAGUUUAUCACCUUCCCUCACAGAGGAGGUGUCAGCCCCCUGAGACUACACGCUGGCGUUGGUGUCACCCAGCCCAUGGACCAUGCAUUGCUCUUGAGGGCGGAUGUGCUCCCCAGGGCCUGAAGUGCCUCUCCCGAGAUGAGACCCUUCAGUGACAUCUCCUCUGUCCUGCGCCAGCCAGGGCUGGAUUUUAAAGGACACUCUCUUCCAGCCUUAGCUUUUCUCACUCCACAGUGUCUUGCUCGCUCCGGGUCUCCUGCUUGCCCAAAGGAAGGCAUCGUUAGAGCCCAUCCUGCAAGUCGGUGGUGGGUGGAGCGCAGGUUUGCAUGCAGAGAAGCAGCUGGAGGCCCACACUGUACUUUGGAACUGGAAGCUGCCUUUCUCCUCACCUGCCCUCGGGUAUGCUGUUGGCCUCCUGUCUGCCUGCAGUCACCGGUGGCUGCGACGCCGUUCAGCGCUAAUGGAUUUCAAACCCCACAUCUCCACUGAGAGACAGCUCUACUGAGAGAUGUUGAUUUCAGUGCUCCGGAGUGGCUUUGUGAACAGGACCAGAGCUGUGAAUUAGAAGACAUUUAAUCCCCUACUUUGGGGAUGGUAAGUGCUAUGCACUCGGCUGCUGAAAGCCUGGGGUGAGGCAGCGGCUAUACACACCCCAUCCUGAAGCAGAGACUUCCUGGAAUAUCCAGUCAAAGACGGAGAGCAGCCACGAGACCUGCUGUGACCUGUGCUGACCCUUGCCGCACAAGAUGACAGCAAGAGACGGGCCCCAAGAUAGGUACAAGGGUGUCUGGCUGAUCUUCUUCGUCCUCGGCCUGGGAACGCUGCUGCCAUGGAACUUCUUCAUGACUGCCAGGGAGUAUUUCAUCAGCCGCCUUGCGGACCUGGAGGAGAUAGGCCGCUUCUUGAACGAGACCGGUGGGACUGCCUUUCCCCUGUCCUACCUGCAGUCCAUGUUUGACAACUUCAUGACUCUCUGCGCCAUGGUGCCCCUCCUCAUCUUCACCUGCCUCAACUCCUUCAUCCACCAGCGGAUUCCCCAGCAGAUCCGCAUCUCAGGCAGCCUGGUGGCCAUCGGGCUGGUGUUUUUAGUCACCGCGAUCAUGGUGAAGGUUGCCAUGGAGCCUCUUCCCUUCUUCAUCUUUACCAUGAUCAGCAUCGUCUUCAUCAACUCCUUCGGCGCCAUCCUCCAGAGCAGCCUUUUUGGGCUGGCAGGGCUCCUGCCUGCCAGCUACACAGCUCCCAUCAUGAGUGGGCAGGGCUUGGCGGGCACCUUUGCUGCUUUGGCGAUGAUCAUCAGUAUUGCCAUUGGCACCGAGCAACCUGAGAGCUUCAUUGGUUACUUCACCACAGCUUGUGUGGCGAUCAUGCUGGCAAUCUUCUCCUACAUCCUUCUGCCUCACAUGGAUUUCUUCCGAUACUACUCCAUGAAGGACAAGACAGAGUACCACGUGUACAAUGCAGAGCUGGAGACCAAGAGAGACCUGAUUAAGAAAGAUGAGCCCAAUGGGAUGGAGCAGAAUAACUCAAAGAUCAUCCCUAUCCACAACCCUGACGAGAAGCCCUCAGUCAUCACUAUUUUUAAGAAGCUCUGGGUCAUGGCUGUGUCUGUCUGCCUUGUCUUCACUGUCACCAUCGGCGUCUUUCCUUCCAUCACAGCUAAGGUGUCCACUGUCCUCGGAGAGGGAAACAGAUGGGGUCUCUACUUUAUCCCUGUCUCCUGCUUCCUGCUCUUUAAUGUCUUUGACUGGACGGGACGGAGUCUCACUGCCCUCUUCACAUGGCCCGGGAAGGACAGCUGCCUCCUGCCAGUGAUGGUGGCCCUCCGUGUCAUCUUCAUCCCUCUUUUCAUGCUGUGCAAUGUGCAGCCCCGUGACUACCUGCCUGUUGUAUUCUCUCAUGACGCCUGGUACAUCAUCUUCAUGAUCUUCUUCUCCAUCUCCAAUGGCUACCUGGCCAGCCUUUGCAUGUGCUUCGGGCCCAAGAAAGUGCUUGCUCACGAAGCAGAGACAGCUGGAGCCGUCAUGGCCUUUUUCCUGUCACUGGGCUUGGCCCUAGGAGCUGCUGUCUCCUUUCUGUUCCGAAUUCUCAUCUAGCAGAGGCACCUGGAGGGUGCAGGGACACCGAGAAACAGCUCCGCAUCCUCCUCCAAGGCCCUGGACACCUCGGCGCCGUGGGGAGAUAACACCUCACGCCUGCCCCUGCCAAAUCGCACUGCCAAGGCAGACGUUACAACCAGGGACGGUUCCACUCCUGCAGGGUUGGCCUGGCUCCUGCCACACUCGGCUGUGUGAUGCCUUCAGGCCUACGUGCCUUCUCCUUCCCCAUGCUGUGUGUGUGCAAGACCCCCAGGAUCUCACAGAGGUCCAUCUGCCUCCCACGCUGCAUAAUUUCCCUAGCUCAAGGCUAAAAGCCAUUCUCAGCCUCCUCUCUGACGAAGUUGAAGGCAGGUAUCCAGUGUUAUUCCCUCUCUUGCCCUUGCCCCCAAGGCACCUAGGGACUUGCUCCUCUCUCCUUCCAGGGGGCCUGGAAACAUCCCACACCACUUCUCCUGCUGGUGAGAAUUGCAAACGGGGAGGAAAGCCCCAGCAGCCUUGACAUCCCCACUCUCUGCUAGGCACACAUCCCCCUGCCCAGCAGUAUCCCAGGGACAUAGACAUCUGUGUCCCACCCACAUAAAGAGCCAACACCGUGGCCAGGCUGAGGGAGG